AUGUUUGGAGUUAGCCGUGGUGCAUUUCCUAACACAACAAAACAACCAUUUGGCUCAGCACCAUCAUCAUUUGGUACUCAACAGCAGCAACAACAGCCGGUAGCGGGCGCUUCUGCUUUUGGUUUAGCUCAGCAAGCAAAUCCGUCUCAGGCCCCUGCUUUCGGUAACUUUGGUAACCAGACUUCUAAUUCUCCCUUUGGAAUGUCUGGAACGGCAGCUGCCAGUAGCACCCCUUUCGGUCAAGGUCAGUUGGGCGCAAAUAACAACGCUUCAGGAUCAAUCUUUGGCGGCAUGGGCAAUAACACGUCACUUUCUGCUAGUUCCGCUUCUGCUGUGCCCAACUCUACCGCAGGCACGGGCAUUAAACCAUUUACUACAUUUGAAGAGAAAGAUCCAACAACCGGCGUCGCUAAUGUUUUCGAAAGUAUUACCUGUAUGCCUGAAUACAGAAACUUUUCCUUUGAAGAAUUGAGGUUUCAAGACUAUCAAGCCGGAAGAAAAUUUUUUACUGGACAAAAUGGCGCCAGUACCACAUUUAGCAAUCCUCAGGGUACUACCAAUACGGGGUUUGGAAUGAUGGGGAAUAAUAACGCCAGUACUUCCGCUUCAACAGGGGGUUUGUUUGGCCAAAAGCCAACAACAGGCAUGUUUGGAACCAGCUCAGGCGGUGGCUUUGGUUCUGGAGCUCCUAACGCUACCGGACUGUUCGGAAGCUCAACCAACCUUGCAGGGAAUUCAGCUUUUGGGGCGAACAAAGCCGCCACUUCUGGAGGAUUGUUUGGUAACACGACCAACCCAACUAACAACGCUAAUAGCACAGCCCUUUUUGGACAGCAAAAUUCGAACACAAACGCUAAUCCAUUUGGCCAGCAACAAAAUUCAUUUGGCGCAAAUAAUAUCAAUAGUGGAGGUGCCUUCGGCCAGGUGAGCCAUGGCGCCUUCCCCCAACAACAAGCACAACAGGGUACCAGUGGUCUUUUUGGUCAAUCAGACACCAACACAAAUGGCGGUGCCUUCAGCCAACAGCAAAACGGCGGUAAUGGUAUUUUCGGAGCCAAACCGGCUUCUGGUGGGCUGUUUGGUCAAUCCGGUGGUACAAAUACAUUUGGCAUAAACAAUAACGCGAAUGACACUACCUCUGCUGGCUUAUUCGGACAAAAUAAUCAACAACAAAAUGGUGGAGGAUUAUUUGGGCAACAACAAAAUUCCAACACUGGGGGACUAUUCGGUCAGACUAACCAGAAUCAAAACCGGACAGGGUUGUUUGGACAGCAAAACUCCUCAAAUACAUUUAAUCAACCGCAGCAGCAGGGGGGCCUGUUCGGAAGCAAACCUAUAGGCGGACUGCUAGGACAACAGCAGGGAGCAUCAACUUUUGGAUCUGGAAACGCUCAGGGAAAUUCUUUAUUUGGGCAAAACAAUCAACAACAGCAAGCACCAGGAGGAUUGUUUGGGCAACAGAACAACCAGCCACAGCCUCAAACUGGCGGGUUAUUUGGCCAAUCUAAUCAAACCAACAUCCAACCAUUUGGCCAAAACGGGUUACAACAACCACAACAAAACACUAGUCUUUUUGGAGCAAAACCCGCUGGUGCAGGUUUGUUUUCUAACAACGCAACAAACCAAAACAGCGGUCUUACUGGAAAUAAUCUGCAACAGCCAUCGGGAGGUUUAUUCCAGAAUAAACAGCAACCAACUUCAGGGGGCUUGUUUGGCUCAAAACCUACAAACCCUGUCGGAGGCGGAUUAUUUGGAAACAAUCAAGCCGCCAAUCAAAAUAAUACCGCUUCAACUGCUGGAGGAUUGUUCGGCAAUAAACCGGCUACAGGAUCUCUCUUCGGCAACACCAAUACCGCAGCCCCAAAUAUGACUUCAGGUGGGUUAUUCGGGUCUAAUAAUGCUUCUAGUACAGCAGCUACUACAAAUUCUACCGGUUUAUUCGGCAAUAAACCUGCUGGUGUUAAUGCUCCAACAAGUGGGGGAGGAUUGUUUGGAAGCAAUAACAAUUUGUCUUCAAAUAACGGUAUCGCUUCAACGGGGUUGAUUGGUAAUAAUAAUUUCUCUCAAUCUACUAGUGGUGGGAGCCUAUUCCAAAAUAACACCAGCGGGAACCUUCCAGGCGCAGGAUUAUUUUCUCAGUCUUGUCAGCCAAUGUCGCAAUCGCAGAACAUGCUUCAACAGCAGCAACAGCAAAGGUUACAGCUUCAGAGCAGUAAUCCAUACGGUACUAAUGAACUCUUUUCUAAAGCUACGAUCGUCAACACCAUUUCUAGUCCAGUUCAACCAAAUGCUACCAAGAUCAAAGCCGAUGAGCGCAAAAAAGCUAGUUUGACUAGCGCAUAUAGAAUGGUUCCUAAAACAUUAUUCACAGCCAGGCUUAAGGCUAAUAAUAUUGUAAUGGAUAAGGUCAAGAUUACGGCUGAUCCAAAAUUAUCCAUUUCAAUUGACAAAAAGAAUAACCAAAUUACAAUUUCCAACCACCAGGAGGAAACCCUGGAUGAAAGCAUUCUGAAAACUUCCAGGCUAUUAUUUAAUCCCGACAAGAAAUCAUUCAAGAACCUAAUCAAUAAUAAGAAAUUGUUGACGGCACCCGAGGAAAAUAAUAGAGCGUUGAACAGCGAUACCAGUAGCAGAAGUAGAAUCAAUGAGCAAGGAGUGAUACCAGCAAACUUAAACAUGGAUAAAAAGGAAGGUACAAAUGGUGGUAGCGUACUUAUCUUGCCUACAAAAGCCAAUGAGGAAGUGAACACUACCAAGAGUCAAUUGAGGAUUGUUAACGAAGAGAAUAAGGAAAACAUUGCUGAUUUGGAAAAGAAGGAGUCUCCAGAAGGUGGUAAAAAUACAAUUGAUGUAGGCGUUACCGAAAGAGAUGCUUCCUUCAUUAACGAAGAUUACUACAUCUCUCCAUCCAUGGAUACUUUAUCCUCUUAUUCCUUGUUACAAUUGCGCAAGGUUCCACACUUAGUUGUGGGUCAUAAAAACUAUGGUAAAAUUGAAUUCCUUGAACCUGUCGACCUUGCUGAAGUGCCUCUGACUUCUUUAGGAGGUGUUAUCAUUACCUUUGAACCCAAAACCUGUAUAAUGUAUGCAAACUCAUCAAACAGACCCAAGCGAGGCGAAGGUAUUAACGUUCGGGCUAGAAUUACCUGCUUCAAUUGUUUUCCUGUAGAUAAAUCUACAAGGAAGCCCAUAAAGGAUCCAAAGCAUCAGUUGGUUAAAAGGCAUAUUGAACGCUUAAAGAGGAAUCCGAAUUCAAACUUUGAAAGUUAUGAUGCCGCCAGUGGUACUUACGUGUUUAUCGUAAACUAUGCAGCACAGCAUUCCUUUUAA